AGCGGUCGGCCACGUUUUCCCCUACAGCGCGUACAUGUCUGCAGACCGAGGGACCGAGGGGAGACCGAGCCGGCCCUGCCCUCCGGGUUCGGGCUGCUAGGAAAGGAACGGUCGGAAGGGCAGAUGGCGGCUCCGGGCGCCGGACCGGGGCCGGGAGCGUCCCCGGGGCUGGAGGCGACCCUGCAGAAGCUCGCGCUGCGGCGGAAGAAGGUGCUGAGCGCCGAGGAGAUGGAGCUGUACGAGCUGGCCCAGGCGGCGGGCGGCGCCAUGGACCCCGAUGUGUUCAAGAUCCUGCUGGACCUGCUGAAGCUGAACGUGGCGCCCCUCGCCGUCUUCCAGAUGCUCAAGUCCAUGUGCGCCGGGCAGAGGCUGCCGAGCGAGUCCCAGGCCCCCGCGGCCGUGUCACUGCCCACAUCAAGUGCGCCUGAGACGAGAGAGGCCUCCUCUCUCUCUGCCAAGAACUGUAGCCCCCCUGCAAGGCCCUCCUUUUCCUGGGUCCCACCACCUGCGGCCUCUGCGGUUCUGCUCCACGGCCCCGCUGCCCCGCACUCGCCUCUCUCUCCCGGGCCCCCCGGGUCCCUCCGGUUCUCUUGCUGCCCGUUCUCUCCUUUUACAGGUUGCGUUUAUUGGUUUAUCUCUGGGGGUUGUGCUCUUGUUUCCAUGGAAACUGCCGUGGCCCCCAGAAAGCCUGAGCAGCUUCAAGCUGCAAGGGCAGGACCCUGCGGGCCAUCCCUGCCAUCAGCUUAGAGACUGAGGACAGGAUUUCAUGGCUCACUUUAUUAGAGACAACCCACAGUCCUUCUAGAAUGGGACCAACACCCCUGCCCCCAGAGGUUAACUCUGCUGGGUGAGACUUGUGCUCUGUAGAGGUUCCCCCACCCCAGAGGAGGACAGUAGACCGAGGGGCAGGGAAGGGGCAGCGUGGCAUGCUCUGGAGAGCAAAGCCCUGGGUGUGAGAAACAGCUUGGCCUCUGAGAUGCUGUCAGCCACCCGGGUGGGCAGCCUGGAGGAUACACUGUGACUCUUCUUCUCUGCCUGGUUCCUGAGCUGGGGUACCUGCAAGGUGUUUCCAGGGGUGUGUGAGGGAGGGCCUGAGAUCCCACAGGUGCUCUGGCUUUGCCCUCCUUCAUGCCCCUCUCCCCAUCACCCACCUCCAAGUUCCAGGUGCCACCUGGAGCUCGGGCCAGGGAGGAGUGGGGAAGGGCCAAGGGGCAGGUCAGGGGAGGGGUGGGUGGACUAGAGGCUGGGCUGAGGAAUGGAUGGCUGAAUUUCCAGGGGGAGAGAGAAACCGGGAACAGAGCCCUCCUCCCUCGAGGGGGUGUUGGGGCUCACUCACUCAGGACUCUGGGUGCCAGGGCGUUUGUCAGUGCUAGGGGCACAGUGGGACUGUGAGAUGGACACUUCUUGGUCCAGGGAGGGAGAUGGCUAGACAAACCAACGGUAACAGAGACGAGAGGAGGCCAGUGCAGAGGGCUUUGCUGGAGCAGUAAGGGUUAAGCAGGCGGUGGGGGUGGGGGAGCCUCUGGGCCAGCUGCAGUCCCUUUGCCCUGCAGCCCUGCAGGUGGGGUGGUGGGAGGGCGCUGAGCGGGGAAGGGCAGGUGGGGAGGCUGAUGCAGAGCGUGGAUGCAGCCCAUUGGUGGGAGGAGGGCCUGAGCUGGGGGAUGUGGGAAGAGGGAGAGAGUGGAGGGUCAGGAGGUGUGCUGUGGGAAUGGCGCUGGGAACACUGGCAUAGAGGGGUUGGGAGGGUCAGAGGGGGCUCUGAGGGAGGUGGGGAGGAAGCCCCGAGCAUGGGGACAGGAGUGGAGCCCUGGGCUCCACAGGGUCAUUUUCUCCUCAAGGGCUCAGGCCUUGGGUGCUGCUGGGCUGGGCAGCCAGCGGCCAGCAUACCAGGACAUGGAGGCCCUGGUGAGAUGCCUGGUGGGGGUUAGGGCAGCCUGGGGAGGGGUUUGAUGGGGAGGUGGUGGAGGGGAGUGGGGCCUCUGACAGGCCAUGCCAGCAAUGCGCUGUGGCUGAGAGGCAGAGGCCACCAGACAAGACAGAUCUCUGAGGCCCCAUGUCACAGCAUCUGUGCACAGAGACCUUCUGGCCACCUUGUUAAUGGCAGGAUCUGGGGUGGAGAGCUGUCAGAGUGAGCCAAAUGUGGGGACCGUGGUGGCCUAGGAGGAUGAGGGGGUUUGGGCUGUUGGCCCUCACUAGCCUUAGAUUUCCCACAGAAUCAGGGUGUGGAGUUGCUCCAGGCCAAGGGCUGGAGUCCCACGCAGGGGCUUGACUCUGUCUGGGUUCCUGACCCCCAGCCAUCCAGGUGGCCUAUGGGGACUGUCACUGAAAGCUCAUUCAUUUCUGCCUUUUCCUGCAGAAAAUGGAGAAACAGAAGACCCUGAAAGCACAGAGGGGGAAUGCUUGUCCUGGGGAGGAUGUGGGGUCACUGAGGAAAAAUUACAUUCAGCUGAGUGUUCUCUGUUGAACUGUUAAG